AUGGUCUCUCUUAAAAUAGUCCAAUCCUCUAACGCCCGUAUCGCGGCUCUGCCCAAAGGGCUAGUUGCCCUCUUCAUCGGCGCAACAUCAGGCAUCGGCCAGAGCACCCUCCAACAGCUCGCCCAGCACGCCCAGUCCCCGCGCAUCUACACCGUCGCUCGUCCUCAAACGGUAGAGUCGCACGUUGCCUUCCUCUCGUCGCUCCGCGAGACCAACCCAGACGGCACCUACGCCCUCAUCAAGGCCGACCAUGCUCUGGUCUCCGACAUUGACAAGGCAGUCGACGCCGUCAUCGCGAAGGAGAGCAAACUCGACAUCCUGUUCCUGUCAGCCGGCUUCAUUGCGUUUGAAGGAAGAGAGGACACCGUCGAGGGCCUCGACCCGUCCAUGUCGACCCGGUACUAUACCCGUCUCCGCGCCCUGCAGAGACUUCUACCCCUCCUCAAGAACGCCGCCCACCCGCGCGUCGUCUCCGUCCUGGCAGCCGGCUUGGAGAACACCAUCGACGAGGACGACCUAGACCUUCGUAAACCAGGCAACUGGGCCUUCUGGCCUGCCUCAGUUCAUACCGCGACAAUGGGGACCCUAGCCCUCGAAGUUUUGGCACGGGAGAAUCCAAAGUUGAGUAUCGUACACAUGUUUCCUGGCGCCGUUGCCACCCCUGGUCUCCAAAGGGCGCGCAAGUACGGCAUGGACCCGCCAGGGGAGAUGAGUGUCGAGGAGGCAGGUGUAAGGGGAUUGUUUCUGGCUACAAGUGAUCGCUAUGCGAUCCAGGGAGGAGAGGGUCUUGUGCCGGUGCCUGAGGGGCUUGAAGUUGCAAAGAAAUCGGAUGGUGGGAUCUUUUUAAUUGAUCAACAGGGAGAGAGCGUGAGCAAUGAAAAGGUGCUGGGCGACAUGAGGAAGCGAGGUGUCGAUGAGAAAGUAUGGAAGUUUACGUUGGGUUUGUUCGAUGACUUGGUUGCACAUUGA